AUGAUUGUUGAUGCUCUUGGACAUAAUGAAGAAAAUCCAAACAAUGAGCAAAUAAAUAAUGUCGAAGAGGAGCCAAAUGACGAAGCUAAGAAAUUUUUUGAGCUCCUUAAAGCUGCCGAUAGCCCGUUGUGCGAAGGGAGCAAAGUAUCUGUCUUGGAGAUGGCAUUAAGAAUAAUAUCUUUGAAGUGUGAGUACAAUUUACCACACAGGCGAUGCACAUUUAAUAAGUGUAGUGUAUGUGAGUGUGAUCGCUAUAAGAAGACUCCUAAAGGCAAGCUUAUUCCAGAAAAGGUCCUAACAUAUUUUCCUAUCAAACUCCGAUUGCAAAGGCUUUAUGCGACAAAGAAUAUUUCAGAGAAAAUGACAUGGCAUGCCAAAAAGCCUCGAGUUCCGGGUACUAUGGAACAUCCUAGUGAUAGUGAGGCGUGGAAGCAUUUUGAUACCACUUUUCCUGAUUUUGCCUCUGAGACACGUAAUGUUCGAUUAGGUUUGUGCACUGAUGGCUUUUCACCCUUUGGUAAGUUUGGAGGACAAUAUUCUUGUUGGCCUGUAAUUCUUACUCCAUAUAAUUUGCCUCCAUCAAUGUGUAUGAAAAAGCCUUUCAUGUUCCUCUCUUUACUAGUUCCCGGUCCUAAGAAUCCAAAGGAAACAAAAUUCAUGCUUCGUGCAGCGCUUCUGUGGACCGUAAGUGAUUUUCCUGCAUAUGGUAUGUUGUCUGGAUGGGCUACUGCUGGAAAAAAGGCUUGUCCAUAUUGUAUGGAAGAAACUAAGGCAUUUUGGCUUGAUAAUGGCAAUAAAGUCUCAUGGUUUGAUUGCCACAGGAAGUUUCUUCCACAUGAUCACCCUUUUCGUAAAAAUAAAACAGCUUUUCGCAAAAACAAAGUGGAAAAUGGCAUGGCUCCAGCUAUGAUGUCCGGAGAUGAUAUGUGGCAAUGUGUGAAAGACUUGCCUAAAGCCACUGAUGGCCCUGAAGCUCUCAAAAUCUUGAAGAAAGCUAAAAAGGGUUGGUUUAAACAAAGUUCUUUUUGGGAACUUCCUUAUUGGAAAGAUUUGCUUAUUCGACACAACCUGGAUGUCAUGCACAUUGAGAAAAACUUCUUUGAUCAACUUAUACACACAGUGAUGGAUGUGAAAGGCCAAACUUCGGACAAUGUUAGUGCGAGAAAAGACUUGAAGUGUCUAUGUAAGCGUCGACAGUUAGAGCUCACCUACGACGAAGGGGAAACGAAAUCAUGCCAAAAGCCCCUUUUGCACUUGACAAGGCUCAAAGGAAGGCUUUUUGGAAUGAAAAGCCAUGAUUGUCAUGUCUUUAUGGAGAGGUUACUACCGGUUGCUUUAAAAGAGUUGCUACCUUCGCAUGUUUGGAAAGCAAUUACUGAGAUCAGUCAAUUCUUUCGUGACUUAUGUGCAUCCACUAUCCAAGUCGAUGAUAUGGAUCGUUUGGAUAAAAAUAUAGCUGAAAUUUUGUGCAAACUUGAAAAGAUAUUUCCUCCUGCAUUCUUCAACUCGAUGGAGCAUUUGCCGAUUCAUUUGGCUUAUGAAGCUAAGGUUGGUGGUCCAGUGCAAUAUAGGUGGAUGUAUCCCUUUGAAAGGUUUCUCAAUCACUUGAAGCGUAAGGUUGUACAGAAGGCACGUGUGGAGGGUUCUAUUUGCAAUGCAUACCUAUGUGAGGAAAUAUCAUAUUUUUGUUCGAAUUACUUCCAACCAGAAGUUGAUACUAAAACAAGAGAUUUGGGUAGAAACGUCACUUCAGUGGAUUGUGGGCGUACAUCUACCAACGGUCGUUUACGCUUCUUGCAAGAUAAAGAGUAUGAUCGUGCACACCUUUAUGUUCUUGCAAACAGUGGUAUAUUAAGCAAAUAUGAAAGGAUUUUCGAAAAACAUAUAUUGGAGACACAUCCACACAUAUCAUUGGAGGAGAUCUGGAGCAAAUGUGAAGCUGAAUAUCCUAAAUGGUUCAAAAACCAUGUACUACAGGAGGGGACUAACAUCGAUGUAGUUCAUGCUCUUGCAAUGGGCCCCGUUAGACAAGUGAAGUCAUGGAAUCAGUUUUUCGUUAAUGGAUACAAUUUUCAAACACAUGAGUAUGGCAAACACAAAUCAACUAUGAACUAUGGAGUGUGUGUUAAAAGUCACGAGGAAGUUAAUUAUUAUGGCAUUUUGGAGGAAGUAAUUGAACUAGUUUACCAUGGUCCAUUGGAAGUCUACAAGACGAUAUUGUUUAAGUGCAAUUGGAUGGAUUCUUUGAGUGGUUUAAAUGUACAUGAACAAUACAAACUCAUUGAAAUAAAUCAUAGUAAGAAGUACCCAAAAUAUGAUCCCUUUGUAUUAUCAUACCAAGUUAGCCAAGUCUAUUAUGCCCCUUAUCCUAGUUUAAGUAGGGGUAGAGUGCAAUGGUGGGCAGUGUUUCAGACUAAGGCAAGGUCUUCAAUUGAAACUCCAGUGGACUCAUUAUUCUUUCAAGAGGAGAUAAGUGAUGUUCCUUCAACUCUUUGUGCUCCAAAUGAGAUUCCAGACUAUGAUUCUGACGGGGAAGAAGAAAAAACGAGGAUGUAA